UCGACUCGGCGCGCGGCGACGUCCUCGACCAGGGUUCGCUGGAGCUCCUGCGCAGCGGGCAGGUGCGCAUUGUCUCGGAGGAGCUGGUCGUUGACGAGGAGGCCAGGAGCCGAGCGCUCGUGGGGAGCUUCGAGGUGCCCGCUCUGAUCCAGGAGGACCACGUCGCCGCGUACCGCUGGUGGGCCUCGCUGCCCGCCCCCUUGCAGCGCCCCCUGCAGUGGAGAGGCAGCUCGGCGACGCGCAGUUUCGGCCUGGCGGCGGUCGCCAUCGGGCGGGGGGGGGAAGGCUGCGCCGCAGGGGAGCGCCCUCUGAGACGGGCCGACUUGGCAGGGAGAAGCCCUCUAUGUCAAAGGCAGAAAAUACGC